AUGGUGCUUUUGACCAUGACAAAAUCCGACGACCCCUUUCAUGCCCCUGACGGCAUGGCUGAUGGGCAGAAAAUGGGACAAGCAAACGGCUCUCCACGCUCCAGCCAAGUUGCUGCUUGCCUUCCAAACAGGCACCAUGGCGAAACUGCGUCUUGUCGUUUUCUUUCCGAGUCGUCUCCGCUCUUAAACAAGGCUGAUAGUAUCGAGAGUUACGAAGCAGUGGCCUCGGAGCCUGACGACGACGUCCAGCCCGACGCAAUGGUCGUGGCGACAACGUCGUCUGGGGGGGUGUGCGUCACCUGGCAGAGCGAGGCCAAGCACCUGGCAUCAUCUUCUGCAUCUUUGCUCGUCACCUACGUUCUGCAAUACUCGAUAAACGUCGUCAGCGUAUUUGCUGCGGGCCGAAUUGGCAAGGUGGAGUUGGGCGCCGUGGCAUUGGCAAACAUGACGACUGGCGUGACUUGCUUGGCCCCAUUCAUGGGGCUGGCGACGAGUUUGGAUACUUUGUGCGCCCAAGCAUAUGGAGACGGACGCGGUCAUCUUGUUGGCAUCCAAUGCCAACGUAUGGUUGUCUUUCUCUCGCUCCUUUCCGUGCCCGUGGCAGUCUUGUGGGCUUAUUCCGAAGAAAUACUCGUACGAGCUAUUAGCAAUGCCGAGUCGGCCCGCCUAGCUAGUCUGUAUCUCAGGGUCAUGAUAUUCGCCUUGCCAGGUAUCAUCGUUUUCGAAGCUGGGAAGAGACUGCUGCAGGCACAGGGCUUAUUCAAAGAGACGACCUAUGUUCUCCUCGUAACGGCCCCUGUCAAUGUGCUCUUAAACUGGCUGCUCGUCUGGAAACUUGAACUGGGCUUCGUGGGUGCACCGAUCGCUGUGGCUUUCUCCAGGACUCUUUUGGCCGUUCUGCUUGUGCUUUACGUGAAGCUGGUCAACGGCUCUCAGUGCUGGGGAGGUCUCAGCAUGAAAGCCUUUUCGAAUUGGUGGCCCAUGGUCUAUUUAGCCUUGCCCGGCAUGAUCAUGGUGGCGGCGGAAUGGUUCAUCUUUGACAUCAUAACCUUCCUCUCCAGUCGACUUGGAACGGACUAUCUCGCGGCACAGAGCAUUUUGGUCUCCGUGACAACCCUGCUCUACCAUAUCCCUUUCGCGGUGUCAGUUGCGGCGUCCACUAGAGUAGCUAAUUUAAUAGGAGCCGGCCUUGUCGAUGCUGCGAAGGCUGCAGCCAAGGUGGCCACUGUUGCGGCAUUCAUUAUCUGCGCUCUGAACUUCUCGACGUAUAUCAUAAUGCGAUUCCGGAUACCACUCCUGUUGACCAGUGACCCCGCCGUCAUCAUGCUCACUGCUCAAGCUAUGCCAUUUGUGGCCCUGGAACAAGUCUUUGAUAGUCUCUGUGCCGGUGCUCAUGGGCUGCUACGCGGAGUUGGCAAGCAAUCGAUCGGCGGACCUGUGAACCUCAUUGGGCAUUACCUCGUCUCGCUUCCUGUCUGUCUGAUUCUGGGAUUCCACUGUUCCUGGAAGUUGGAUGGUCUCUGGGCUGGCAUAGCAGCUGGGCUCCUCAUUGUAGCUCUUGUUGAGUACGGCUACUUGCUCACAAUUGACUGGCAUACAGCAUGUGCGGAAGCAGAGGCAAGAAAUACAGCUGGCUAG